AUGGUCUGUCUGCUGUGCGUCCUGGCGCUCAGCCUCGGCUUCCUCACGCCGCCGCCGCCGUGCCACGCUCGGAUUUACACUAACCACUGGGCGGUCAGGAUAACCGGCGGGGCCGCUGUAGCCGAGCGGAUAGCGGAGAAGUACGGCUACAGGAACAUAGGACAGAUAGGUGAUUUGAAAGACCACUACCACUUCUUCCACAGUCGGACCAUUAAGAGGUCCACGCUGUCCAGUCGCGGUCGCCACAGUUUCAUCUCCAUGGAGCCCAAGGUGGAGUGGAUCCAGCAGCAGGUGGUAAAGAGGAGGAUCAAGAGGGAUUACAAGCCAGCACCGCCCCUCUCUCUGUCUAGCCACGCCCACAGUAGCCCGAUUUUCCCGAGCAACAUCUUCUACAAUGAUGCCAAGUGGAACAGUAUGUGGUACAUUCACUGCAACGAUGACGUGCACAACUGCCAGUCGGACAUGAACAUUAUGGGCGCAUGGAAGCGGGGCUACACGGGCAAAGGCGUUGUGGUCACAAUCCUGGACGAUGGUAUUGAGCGCAACCAUCCAGACCUCGCUCAGAACUAUGACCACCAAGCCAGCUUUGACGUGAAUGGCAAUGACCUGGAUCCCAUGCCGCGCUAUGAUGCAACUAACGAGAACAAACACGGGACGCGGUGUGCGGGAGAAGUGGCUGCAUCUGCGAACAAUUCACACUGCAUUGUGGGAAUUGCCUAUAAUGCCAGAAUAGGAGGUGUACGUAUGCUUGAUGGGGAUGUGACGGACAUGGUGGAGGCCAAAUCUCUGAGCCUACAGCCGCAGCAUAUCGACAUCUACAGUGCCAGCUGGGGGCCUGAUGACGAUGGCAAAACUGUGGACGGACCCGCAGCUCUGGCCAGGCAGGCAUUUGAGAACGGCAUCCGAAUGGGAAGGAAGGGCCGCGGCUCCAUCUUCGUCUGGGCCUCCGGAAACGGCGGCCGAAGCCGCGACCACUGCUCCUGCGAUGGCUACACCAACUCUAUCUACACCAUCUCUAUCUCCAGCACAGCCGAGAGCGGACGAAAGCCCUGGUACUUAGAGGAGUGCUCGUCCACCCUCACCACCACUUACAGCAGUGGCGAAAACUACGACCGGAAGAUCAUCACAACUGACCUGAGGCAUCGCUGCACAGACAGUCACACUGGGACAUCAGCCUCAGCUCCCAUGGCCGCCGCUAUCAUCGCUCUGGCUCUGGAAGCAAAUCCUCUUCUAACUUGGAGAGAUGUUCAGCACAUUAUUGUGAAGACCUCGCGAGCCGGACACCUCAGCGCCCCUGACUGGAAGACCAACGCAGCUGGUUAUAACGUCAGCCACUUGUAUGGCUUUGGCCUGAUGGACGCCGAGGCCAUGGUGAAGGAGGCGGAGCGAUGGAAGCAACUCCCGACGCAGCACGUCCCGCCUCAGCAUGUCUGUGUGGAGAGCGCUGACAGGCAGAUCAGGACAAUCCGCCCUGAGCAUACAGUGCGUUCGGUGUACAAGGCAACAGGCUGCACCGAUAACUCAAACCACCACGUGAUCUACCUGGAACAUGUGGUUGUGCGCAUCACCAUCACACAUCCUCGCCGGGGAGACCUGUCAAUCAACCUGACCUCACCAUCGGGGACAAAGUCCCAGCUGCUUGCUAACAGGUUGUUUGAUCAUUCCAUGGAGGGGUUUAAGAACUGGGAGUUCAUGACCACCCACUGCUGGGGAGAGAAAGCAGCGGGCGACUGGGUGCUGGAGAUUUAUGAUUAUCCCUCUCAGCUGCGUAGCCAAAAAGUGCCUGGCAAGCUAAAGGAGUGGUCACUUGUGCUGUACGGGACCUCAGUGCACCCGUAUUCAUCCCUACGCAGCAUGUCUGUUGAGACCAGAUCCACUGAUGCUGUGGCGCCCACUGAUGAAGGGUUCACCGAGGAAUACAACGGUCCUUGUGAUUCUGAAUGCAACGAGCAUGGCUGUGAAGGGCCCGGCCCGCAUCAUUGCAUAAACUGCCUGCACUACUUCCUGAAGUUCAAGAACAACACCAGGAUGUGUGUGUCCGAGUGCCCUAGCGGCUUCUUCCGUGAUGACAGAAAGCGCUGCAAGAAGUGCUCGUCGCUGUGCGAGACCUGUAUGGGCAGCCGCAGCGACCAGUGCACCACCUGCAGGCCUGGAUUUCAUCUCAAUGAGGGCGCCCACACCUGCGUGGCCACCUGCGGCGACGCCUUCUACCUCGACCAAGAUUCCAACAUUUGCAGGAGAUGUCCAGAGAACUGCAAGAAGUGUACUGCCUCAAAUUUCUGCACAGAAUGUAAACCAGGGACCAGUUUACAAAGCAACAAAUGUCAGCUGACAUGUGAUGCGGGUUCCUACUACAAUGGCCACCGGAGGACUUGCGAGCCCUGCCACCGUGCCUGUGCCACCUGCGCGGGCACAGGAAUUGAGGCAUGCACCAAGUGCGCUGACAGCUACAUGCUGGAGGACUGGCGCUGCGUGUCCACAUGCAGCACUGGCUACUACCUGUCGGAGCAGACGGCGGAUGGAGGCCAGGUGCUGAGGUCGUGUAAAAAGUGCGACCAUAGCUGCUACGAAUGCCUGGGGCCCGGUGAGAGGAACUGCAGCAGCUGUGUCAGCGGUUAUAACCUGGAGGUGGGAGCCUGCGUGGUCAGCACCAUCUGCAAAGAUGGGCAGUACAUGGGCAAACAUGGCAAGUGUCUCCUAUGUGACGCUACCUGUCUGGAGUGUACGGGCCCUGAAAGAGAGGACUGCACCAGCUGCCCCUCUACACGACUUUUUGAUGAAGGUGCUUGCGUGAUCCGCUGCCCGAGGGGACGCUACGCCACGGCUGGGGAGUGUCACCGAUGCCACUACACGUGCCAUGAAUGCACUGCCGAGGGACCGGACAGCUGCACCAGCUGUGAUACGGACAAGUUCGAUGUGCCCCGCUACCUGUUCCAGGGCCAAUGUCGAGAAGUCUGCCCUGAGGGCUACUUCAACUCUGUUCACAAACACUGUGAGUCCUGCUCAUCUAAUUGUGUCGUGUGCACAUCGGAAAUACGCUGCCUCAGUUGUGGCCCGGGACACAAACUCAGAGAUGGAGAAUGCUUUCCACUGGAGUGCAGCACAAGCAAGCUUUCAGAACCUGACCUAUGUCUGCCUUGUGACAAUGGCUGCAAACAGUGUGAACACAAGGACUCCAGUGAGCCAGAGAAGGGAACUGUUUGCCUCAAGUGUGAAGAUGAUUUUUACCGGCUGGAUUCUGACUGCUAUAAAUCAUGCCCGGAUGGCACCAUCAAUGUUCCCGAGAGCAUGAUAUGCACUCCAUGUGAGGAUCAGCGGUGUGCCAUCUGCGACGAAUCACAGUGCUACUGGUGUCAGAAGGGAUUCUACCUUUUUGAUGGUAGGUGUGUGGAGGCGUGCCAGAGCGGCUUCUUUGUGGACGAGGAGGGUCAGGAGUGUGAAGCAUGUCACCGAGGGUGCAAAACAUGCGGCGGUCCGAGGUUUGACGACUGCGACUCGUGCCAAGACGAGCUGGUGCUGAAAGACGGCGAGUGCGUGAAGGGAACUCAGCUGGGGGUCUGCCCAAAUGGACGCUUUAGGAAUGCACAAGGAGAGUGCGCCCUGUGUCAUUCUUCUUGUGAGACCUGCUUCGAUGCACGCAAAGAUGACUGCAUCACCUGUCACCAAGGAGCUUUCCUUACAUCGGAUCAAACGUGUGUCCCUCGCUGCCCCACGUCCACCUUUGUCAACGUCACAUCUGGGCGCUGCGACGCCUGCGCCGAGGGCUGCUUCGCAUGUCAAAAUGCCAGCAUGUGCCAGCGGUGCCACUCUGGACUCUACUUGCAACAUGCAGCCUGUGUGCCACAGUGUGACCGAGGUUUCCCUGAGAGUGGCACGUGCCAUCUGUGCGCUCCUGAGUGUGCAUCCUGUCAUGGCAACGUUUCCUUUUGUCUGAGCUGUGAGCCCGGCCACUUCUUGUUGGAUCACAAAUGCGUGCGUGGCUGUCCGCCAGGCUACUACAGCAAAGACGCACAGUGUCACCGCUGCCCUUCCGACUGCAUCCGUUGUAACCAGGACGGACUCUGUCACAUGUGUGCAGAUUACUUUUUCCUCUACGCUGACAAGUGCGUGGAAAACUGUCCUGCUGGCUUUUUCCCAAGCGAACAGCAGCGCGAGUGCCUUCUUUGCCACGCUGACUGCGCCUCAUGCGAUGGGCCAGACCGCGAUGACUGCAAAACGUGCCGCAAUCCUAAGGCGCGGCGCUACAGUGGGGAGUGUCUGCCCCAGUGUCCAGUCCGCACCUACUAUGAGAAAGCUGAUGUAGAGUGCAGAGACUGCGACCUCUCUUGUCUGACAUGUUCGGGCAACGAGCCAUCGUCGUGCCUCACCUGCGAGCCGGAGCACCGUCUUGAUGCCCGAGGCCACUGUGUGUGGUACAGCCAAUGUUCUCCGCACUCCUACAUGGACACCGACGGACAGUGCCGGGCGUGCCACACCUCCUGCCGUCGCUGCUCAGAGGGUCCUGACCGCUGCCUCAGUUGUGAUCCGCCGCGCUUCCUCCUCAAUUCCACAUGUGUGAUGCAGUGUCCCACCGGUUACUACAGCGAUGAAAAGGAAGAGCGCACCUGUGAGCGAUGCCACCCUAGCUGUGCCUCAUGCACCGGGCGCCACAGCGUGCAGUGCAUCGCCUGUCGACCAGGUUUCUUCAGGCAGGGCAGAAGCUGUGUAGAAAGCUGCCCUGAGAGUCAUUUUGGGAACAGCAGCAGCAUGGCUUGUCAGCGCUGUGAUCCCGCUUGCAGUCGAUGCCGCGGGCCUGCUGACACCGACUGCCUGAACUGUCGGAGCGGCUACGUCCACAUGAAACAGCAAGGCCGCUGCCUGAAGAAUUGCCCAGCAGGUUACUAUCACCACAGCUGGACCCACACCUGCCUCAAGUGCCACUCCACUUGCAAGACCUGCACAGGUGCUGGUGGUACUUCCUGCCAAUCAUGUUACUAUGGCUACCGGCUGAUUGGCUCCAGCAUCUGUGAAUCGCAGUGUCAGAUUGGCUUCUAUUUAACCUCUCAGGAGCAGUCGACCGACGGCAACGUGCUUGACUGCCUGCCGUGCGACCACUCCUGCCUGGGUUGUCGCGGAGCAGGCGCUUGGAACUGCACCGACUGUCCCGCCUCACAGAUCCUGAGCGACGAUGGGCGCUGCCUGAGCUGCUGCCACGAACGGACGCUGCCCGCCGACCGACCCAUAGGCUGGCAGUGCUGUGACUGCGAUGCCGCCCUGGAUGAGUGCGUCCUGGCUGUCAACUUUCUGGAGAGAGACGCGGCCGACUUGGACAGGGAAGACGGCGGUGGGGCCAAACUGGUGACCACCUUUUGUGUCCUUCUGAUUCUGGCGGUCGGGGCCGGUGUCUUUGUCUUCUUCCACGUUCGCUCCACCAAGUUGCUCGGCACGGCUGCAGCUCAAAAGCCCCAAACCAAAAGUGGCGGCUAUGAGAAGCUCGAUGACCAUGAAGCAGAUGCGACGGGGCGGGCUGAUGUGUCCUCUUUUGGAGAGUACAGCGACAGAAUUGUCGCUGCAGAGGACGGUGAUGACGACGACGAAGAUGACAUUGUGUACAUGGGUAAAGACGGCACCGUGUACAGGAAGUUUAAAUAUGGAUUUUUGGGCGACCAGGAUGAGGACAUUGAGCUGGAGUAUGAUGAUGAGAGCUACACUUACGAGUGA